CGUUUUCGCUUGAUACCAAACCUAACCCAGUUUCCACCCUAACUGCUGUCAAACCGUUUGUUUGAAGCUAGUUUCGAACCUAGUUUUAACGUUGUUGAACUGAAAAUCGAGUCAGUUUCGAACCUGGUUGUUAUAUCAGGUUUGCUCAAACCGCCGUUGCUAAGCGCGAAAACAACACAGUUUCGUGAAAAGUGUUUGUUUGAAGAAACUACCCUGGGUCAGUUUCAGUGUUCUCAAGCGAAAACGACAUAAGACAAAAAAUCCUUCUUUGAUGUUUUGCAUCACCUUUUAGUGAUUUUAGCAUUUACGAAAACUUUUCUCUUAUACUGUUAUGUAUAAAUUUGAAUUGCAUAAACAAAUUUAGCAAAUCUGGAUGUGUUUAGUGAAACAAUGAUUACCGCCUCGGAACCUUUGGAAUUUAUUCCUCGGGGUCGUCAGGCGGUGGACGAGCAUCCUGGCCCCUUGGUAUUGAAAAAAACCGUAUCGGUUCCGUCUGACUUCAUGUUGCUACAACGAAUGCAAGAUGUAAAUAUUUCGUUUGACGAUAGUCCAUCUGAAUUUUACGUUCUUCGAGAAGUGUACAAAGAAUUAGAAUAUGCCACAGGAUAUCCAGGCUUUCUAUUGGAAGCUAAUGUUAACACCGAGGAAGAAUUGUACGUGAAAGGUAAUACCGCAGUUUGGACGAAAGCAGUCAAUGAUGAGCAAGCGGCUCCGCAGACUAGUUUAACUUGUGAAAAUGCAAUCAAGUUUGCAUUUUUUGGACCGACUAAUUUUUUUUGUUUCGAAGAGCUAGGCGAUCAACGACCAAAAAUUGAUCAACCUACUAAAACUGGAGUAUGCUUAUUGGACGGUAGUACCUUAAAAGUCUACUGCAGUAAUGGCGAAAAUUUUAUUACUAGUGUUGAAUGUCCCAUUUCAAACGUCUGGGUGACAAGAAGUGGUAUUUUGCUGGAGAAGGAAUCUUCUAAUUCAAUGCUAGAAACACACUCAGUACCGAUGCCACGACUGUUCUCAUUAACACAUCCGUUAGAUGAGAUGUGCCCAGUUCUCAUUAAAAUCAGUAACACAACUAUUUAUUUAACAGAAGCUGAAUACCGUUUGGUUUGUUGCUGUGAAGAAAACGAUCUUAUAUUGAUGUAUGAUGAAAAAGGUGGUAAACAUUUUGUUUGUCUUCUUCGAAAGGCCACCGAUGAUGAGAAAAACUCUGUUGGAUGUGGAAAUGACAGUGUGUACUAUUCAAACAGCGCCUUCAAUAACACAAAUAGUAUAUACCAACAAACCAUUCCAACGCCUCUUGUCACUACACCACAACCGUUACACAAAAGCUCUCUUUUAGUACGCAAUAGUACCUCAACUGCUGGACGCUACAGCUUGGGAGCAACUUUUAGUAGUCCCUAUAUUAGCAAUAUGCAAACCGGGAUAUCCAACUCAUUCAAUUUGAAUGUCACCGGACUUGGUUUAACAAAUCGUAGCCACCUACCGUCCCAUUCUCACAUCAGCGGUGCAACACCCUUAUCAAAAUUGCAGUCUACUUUGGGAGCAUCAGUUUCAUUACUAGAUGUUAGGAAAAUGGGACAAGCUGAACCAUCAAAGCCAAUUAUUCCCGAGUAUUGCUUAGAACAUUUGUGGACUGAUUAUUCCAUCAAAGAUGAAGUGGCUUCUACUGGAUUUUUACACGUGGAUAUGGUUGAUGAUUGCUAUUUGUGCUAUCUCCUACCUCGGUCAGAAAUUUUGAUAAUGGUACGAAUCCAUAGGAAUAUUUCGGACGCCAACUUGAUACCACCAAACACCGUACCUGUACAAAUUCCAGCCAAAAAUGCAGUUUCUUUGCAACGUCUGAACAUGAUUGUAAUACUAGCACCUUGUGGUACUCUGAUGUUGUAUACAGGACCAGUUCAAGUCGGCAAAGUACAUGUAGCUGGAAUUUUGAGUAGCUUUGUUACAUCCAGUGCAUUAAGUAAUUCUUUUGGAAGUUUACAAGGUUUUCCAAGACGCAGCAGCUUGCUGCCUUCGGCUGUCCCUCAAGUGGAGUCCCGGUUUGAUGAAGAAUUACACAUGCUUUCUCCUGUGCAGCCUUUGCAAUCAACAUCAAACGUGUUAUCCCAAACGCGGUUGAAUAAUUGUCAAAGUAUAAGGGAUGGGGCAGGCAACCGAUUGACUUUAGUGUUUUCAAGCGAAAAAAUGUUUCGCAUAUCGUUGCCGGUAAUGAGUGAAUCCUAUUUGGUAUCACGCUGUCUAUUAGCUUUGCGUGAAGUACUCCCUAAGAAAUUGGCUCUAGAGUUUCUGAUUCGAUGGUAUGGAACGAGAAAUGCCCCAGGUUCGAAGAAUUUUAGUUGUAACCGUGAAUGGGAUAUAUUUCGGGCCAUGCUCUUUCAGCACAUGGGUAAGCCAUGUUUUCAAAAUGCAGAUGAUCAGUCCCAUAAAACUCAUUCUAAAUCGUCCCUUGAUGAGCCUAAGAAAAGACGCAAAAGUGAUAAUUGCCUUGGUAAUGAUAAUGAUUGGGAGAUUCUAUUGAAACAUAAAGGUAGAGAAGGGAACAAACGAAAGGAAAUAGAAUCUACCGAAAUGGUGGCAUACAAUUCAGACAAGUUCUUGUUUGAAUAUGUUCCCAGAAUCAUCAAAACGCUCCAUUUAGUUUACGAAGAUAUGAAAUUAGAUCAUUUACUAAGAAACGAGCUAAAACUGCUUGGAGAAUUUUUGUAUGAGCUUUCAGUUGAUCUUAAAGUUGAAAAAUUCCAACUGCACUAUUAUCUCGACUUUCAACAUCUAAUUGAUAUUCAUUCUAAUUGUUAUGUUGGAAAGCAAGAUAUUUUGAAAUUUGUCGAAGUGAUAGACUACGAAUAUGGAGGCAUCCCCAACAUAUUCCAAUAUAUUCAUGGAUUAAUUGCAGCCAACCAAUGCUCAACACCGUUUCCAUGUUUCAAUAACAUUAAUGAUCGCACACGAGACAUUAUACUAAUUAUCGCUUACUUGUAUCGCGCUAAAGGGCUUGCGACGUGGUUAACAGAGCAGCUAGAAAAAAGUCUCGAAAAUUCUAAGCUGGUUGUUAAAAAUGAUGUGGACAUGUUGAUGACUAACGUCGUAAUGCAAAUAUUGAUCAAACGUGGAUACAACCGGAUGAACAUUGAGAAACUGCCUAUAAGUAUUCACUAUCUGAUCGCCCAGUUCCUAGAGACGAACCGUAACAAACCGUUGAAUACCAAUGAAUCGAAGAUUUUUGAGCUGCUACUCAGGCCAGAGCUACUAGCACAUGUCACUUUUGAUGCUCGAAAUCAAUCAACACGAACGAAAAAAAAUGCAGGUGGUUUAAAAGAACAUACGUUAUCACUUCGACGUAAACUACAACCUGAGGUUAUUUCAAAAAAUGAAUCAAAACAAGAGGAAAGUGGAUUAGAAAAUAUGGAUACAAAAUUAUUGAGGUUGAGAUUUCCAGAUGAUUUAAGAAUUAAUGAUGUGAAGUUGUUCCUCAACAGCUCACAAUCUGUUACGAUAGAUAUUGUCCAGGCGCCUAAUGUUUCAGACCAUGAAUUUAUUGAAGAACAGGAGAAGCAACUGUACGCUCUUUGCAUACGUACGAUGGCCUUACCAACGGGCCGCGGCAUGUUCACACUGAGAACAAGUCGUCCAACCGCAACGCAAAUCCUACCUAUUCCAAAGCUUUGUCUUACCGGAAAAGAAAUUCAUCGCGGAGCCACCAUAGAAAUCCAGCAACUGGAAGUACCUCCAAACAUGAAUUUAUGGCCAAUGUUUCAUAAUGGUGUAGCUGCUGGAUUACGAAUUUGUUCGGAUACUCCCGACAUAGAUUCGACUUGGAUAACAUACAACAAACCUAAAGGAUCUGCCGAGAUUCCAACAGAGCACGCUGGAUUCUUGAUGGCACUCGGUUUGAACGGUCACCUGAAAACGCUUUCAUUCAUGAGCAUUUACGAAUAUCUGGUAAAAUGCGAUGAAAUGACCAGCUUAGGAUUGUUGCUUGGAAUUUCUGCAACUCAUCGUGGUACAAUGGAUACAAAAACAACAAAAUUGUUGAGUGUUCAUAUCGAAGCUUUAUUGCCACCGACAGCAGUAGAGCUGGACAUUUCCCAAAACAUUCAAGUAGCUUCACUAAUGGGUAUUGGCCUUGUGUAUCAAGGAACAGCAAAACGGCACAUAGCGGAGGUAUUACUACAAGAAAUCGGUCGACCACCGGGACCAGAAAUGGAAAACUACGUGGAACGUGAAUCCUAUGCAUUAACAGCAGGAUUAGCUUUAGGUUUGGUUACAUUACAACAAGGCGAGAAAUCAUCUGCACUGCGAGAUUUAGACAUUCCCGACACUUUACAUUACUAUAUGGUAGGUGGUAAUAAGCGUCCUCUAAUCGGUGCUCAGAAGGAGAAAUAUAAAUUAUCAUCAUUUCAAAUUAAAGAAGGAGAUACUGUUAACAUUGAUGUGACCGCUCCUGGUGCCACUUUGGCUCUCGGUUUAAUGUACUUCAGCACAAGUAACGAAGCUAUUGCAAAUUGGAUGAAACCACCGGAUACAACUUAUCUUCUUGAUUUCAUUCGUCCUGAUUUGCUUUUGCUCAGAAUUGUUGCAAGAAAUCUAAUCUUGUGGAAUAGCAUAAACGGCUCUACCGAAUGGGUUUACAGUCAAAUUCCACAAACCCUUGCCGAUCUUAUUAAGAAUCGUCUCCAUACUGACGAGCAUCAACAGCCCACGGAUUAUGAAGCGCAAUGUCAAGCGUACUGCAAUAUUGUUUGUGGAGCUGCUAUAUGCAUAGGACUGAAAUAUGCUGGAACCGCUGACGAGCUUCCUGUUAGUACAUUGUAUUCUUUACUAAAAUAUUUUUUGGAAAUCCAUGGUCGGCCUUUUGGAGAAUAUGCCGGAAAACAAACCAUAGAAAAUUGUACUAUUAUGAUUCUUCUGUCAGUUUCCAUGGUGUUGGCUGGAACCGGCGAUAUAAGAGUAUUACGAACUAUUCGAAUGCUUCGUUCCCGUGUUGGUCAGUGUCACGUAACUUAUGGAUCUCAUAUGGCUAUUCAUAUGGCACUGGGUUUCCUGUUUCUUGGUGCAGGAAGAUUUACACUGUCUCGUUCUCCGGAAUCCGUCGCAGCAUUGAUUUGUUCAAUUUUUCCCAAAUUCCCAACACAUAGUAAUGACAACCGAUAUCAUCUGCAGGCAUUCCGUCAUUUAUACGUUUUAGCUAUUGAACCUCGAUUGUUUCUUCCACGAGAUAUAGACAGCGGAAAGUUAUGUCUUUGCGAGAUUCAUUAUCUGGAGAAAGGACAUACUGAGCCCGUGAAGCUACUAGCUCCCUGUAUGUUACCGGAAUUGCAUACACUUAGUAAGGUGUAUGUGAAUGAUCCUAAUUACUGGCAUGUGUAUUUUGACCAGGAGAACUGGACUAACUUAGAGAACAUACUGAAAUCCAGCGGAUGCAUUGAUAUCAAACAGCGUGCUGGAUGUUUGUCAUAUCUAGAAGAUCCUAAACGACUUAAAUCAAUGCUCAGUCACACUCUGACUAGAGACAAAUAUAAUUCGUGGAGAAUUGAUGUUAAUAGCUUACUUGCAUUUUCGACGGACCAGCGUAUCUCCAAUAUUGUGACAAAGUUUCUGCAGCAACCGAGACAUAAUGAAGUAGAUGAAAUCGCUAUGAUUUCGUCUUCCGAACGAAAUAUCAUCCAAAUAUUGGUUCUUCAGACUUAUUACUGUGUAACACAUGACAAAAUGCACGGUUUAUCGAUAUUCAUAAAUUUGAUGAAACUAAUAAUUAACUUUAAUACUAGUUGCAAUAGCACUGAGCUGUGGCAAUUCCGUAUUUUGGCUGCUAUCAUAGCCCGUCGGAAAGCUAUUUCCGAAAGUGAUUUACUAUUAUCUCAGGAUAUGCUUCAAUCGUUGGUCGACCGUAUUAAACUGAUAAUGGAAAAUAUGAUGAAAGAAAAUUUACAAUUGAUUCGCAGAUGUAUUGUAGAGCAACCUGUGGGACAUAAACUUUUCGAAAUGUUAUCUCAGCUUAGUUCGGAUGAACGGCUUCGGGUUUCGAAGUUAAUAACGUUUUACGACCUGCCCAUUAACAUUUUCAACAAUGGUAUAUUGAAGACUUUGAUUAAAACGGAUUACUUACAAAUUGUUUUUGGAUUAAAAGAACACUACCCAACAAUUUCUGUUCCAACAAUUUGUUGUAUAGCUGAUAUUCUUGGGCUAAUAAAUGGCAAUUAACACGCUCAA